CCUGCCGGCGGCGACGGCAGGCUGCGGUUGACUCGACAUGCCUGAGCCGUCGGGGCAUCAGGGGGCGCUGGCCGGAGCUCCCCGACGCGCCUGAAUCCCGCUCUGUUUGUUUUCGCUCCGGUGGAGGAGGAGGAGGAGGAGGAGGAGGAAGGGGGGGUCGGCCACAAGUCGAUCAUGCCGAAGAACAGGGAGAAAUUCAGCCCGGAUCCGUCCGUCCAGAUGACCAAGAUGAGCGUGAUCAUCCCCUUCUCGCCAGAUGUGCCCUGUGACAACAACGGGCAGCGGAUGUGGUGGGCUUUCCUCGCCUCGUCCAUGGUGACUUUCUUCGGGGGGCUCUUCAUCAUCCUCCUGUGGAGAACUCUCAAGUACCUGUGGACUGUCUGCUGCCACUGCAACGCCAAGAAGAAGGAGGUGCAUCGGAUCACCACGGGCGACGGCAUCAAGCGCACGGACAAGGACGACGCGGCGGCCAGCGAGGUGGGCUGGAUGACCUCGGUCAAAGACUGGGCCGGGGUCAUGAUAUCGGCUCAGACGCUGACGGGGAGAGUCCUGGUGGUGCUCGUAUUUGCACUCAGCAUCGGAGCCCUUGUAAUAUACUUCAUAGAUUCCUCUGAUCCAAUCGAGUCGUGUCAGAACUUCUACCAAGACUUCACGCUGCAGAUCGACAUGGCUUUCAACGUCUUCUUCCUGCUGUACUUUGGCCUCCGUUUUAUUGCUGCCAACGACAAGCUGUGGUUCUGGCUGGAGGUGAACUCGGUGGUGGACUUCUUCACGGUUCCCCCCGUCUUCGUGUCGGUGUAUCUCAACAGGAGCUGGCUUGGUUUGAGGUUUUUAAGGGCCUUAAGGUUGAUACAGUUCUCAGAAAUUUUGCAAUUUUUGAAUAUACUAAAGACGAGCAACUCCAUUAAGCUGGUCAACCUGUGUUCAAUCUUCAUAAGCACAUGGCUCACUGCAGCAGGCUUCAUUCACCUGGUGGAAAACUCAGGGGAUCCGUGGGAAAAUUUCCAAAAUUCCCAGCCUCUCUCCUACUGGGAAUGUGUCUACUUGCUCAUGGUUACAAUGUCCACUGUUGGCUAUGGAGAUGUUUAUGCAAAAACCACCCUGGGCCGCCUGUUUAUGGUCUUCUUCAUCCUCGGUGGUUUGGCCAUGUUUGCUCGCUACGUGCCAGAAAUUGCUGCUCUCAUCCUUAAUCGGAAGAAAUAUGGAGGGAGUUAUAACUCGACCAGAGGCAGAAAGCACAUCGUGGUCUGCGGUCACAUCACACUCGAGAGUGUGUCCAACUUUCUAAAAGACUUCCUACACAAGGACAGGGACGAUGUCAAUGUAGAAAUUGUUUUUCUCCAUAAUAUUUCCCCUAAUCUUGAGCUGGAAGCCUUGUUCAAACGCCACUUCACCCAGGUCGAGUUCUACCAGGGGUCCGUCCUGAACCCGCACGACCUGGCCAGGGUCAAGAUUGAAUCGGCCGACGCCUGCUUGAUCUUAGCCAACAAGUACUGCGCCGACCCCGACGCCGAGGACGCUUCCAACAUCAUGAGGGUGAUAUCCAUCAAGAACUACCAUCCGAAGAUCAGGAUCAUCACCCAGAUGCUGCAGUACCACAACAAGGCCCACCUUCUGAACAUCCCCAGCUGGAACUGGAAGGAGGGAGACGACGCCAUUUGCCUGGCGGAGCUGAAGCUGGGCUUCAUCGCCCAGAGCUGCCUGGCUCAGGGCCUGUCCACCAUGCUGGCCAACCUCUUCUCCAUGAGGUCCUUCAUCAAGAUUGAGGAGGACACGUGGCAGAAGUACUACCUGGAAGGAGUGGCCAACGAGAUGUACACCGAGUAUCUGUCCAGUGCCUUCGUGGGUUUGUCCUUUCCAGUCAUCUGCGAGCUCUGCUACGUGAAGCUGAAGCUGCUCCUCAUCGCGAUAGAGUACAAGUCUGAUCAGAGGGAGAGCAGCACCCUGAUAAACCCCGGAAACCACGUGAAGAUGCAGGAGGGGACGCUGGGCUUCUUCAUCGCCAGCGAUGCCAAAGAAGUAAAGAGGGCGCUUUUCUACUGUAAGGCCUGCCACGACGACAUCACCGACCCCAAGAGGAUCAAGAAAUGCGGCUGCAAGAAAUCCAAGACGGCCGCCUACCAGAAAAUGAGCCUGGCAUGUUGUUUUGAUUGCGGCCGCUCAGAGCGGGACUGCUCUUGCAUGCCGGUUAAUGUGCGUUGUAACACGGACUCCCCUCGACGGGACAUCCCACUCUCUGCUGUCUCUGUUAAUGAUUGCUCGACCACUUUACGUGCCUCUAAAAAUAGCUAUAAUGGAUAUAUCAAAUCAAUUGAAGAGGAUCAACAGUCGACGCUAUCGCCCAAAAAAAAGCAGCGUAAUGGAGGCAUGAGGAACUCUCCCAACUCCUCACCCAAGAUCAUACGACACGACCCUCUCCUCAUCCCCGGGAGCGAGCAGAUUGAGAGCAUGGACGAGAACGUGAAGAAAUACGACUCCACGGGGAUGUUUCACUGGUGCCCGUCCAAAGACAUCGAGAAGGUCAUCCUGACCCGGAGUGAGGCUGCCAUGACAGUUCUGAGCGGUCACGUGGUCGUGUGCAUAUUCGGCGACGUCAAAUCGGCGCUGAUCGGCCUGAGAAACUUCGUGAUGCCGCUGAGAGCGAGCAACUUCCACUACCAUGAGCUGAAGCACAUCGUGUUCGUGGGCUCCCUGGAGUAUCUGAAGCGGGAGUGGGAGACGCUCCAUAACUUCCCUAAAGUCUCCAUUCUGCCAGGCACGCCGCUGAGCCGGGCGGAUCUGAGGGCUGUCAACAUCAACCUCUGCGACAUGUGUGUCAUCCUGUCAGCCAAUCAGAACAAUAUUGACGACGCAUCACUGCAGGACAAAGAAUGCAUCUUGGCGUCACUCAACAUCAAGUCCAUGCAGUUUGACGACAGCAUCGGGGUCUUGCAGGCUAAUUCUCAAGGGUUCACACCGCCGGGGAUGGAUAGAUCGUCUCCGGAGAACAGCCCGGUCCACGGAUUAGUUCGGCAGACUUCUGUCACCACCGGAGCAAACAUUCCCAUCAUAACCGAGCUGGCGCCAUUAGCAAAGCCAGGCAAAAAAGUGCCUGUGAUUUCAUUCAGUCAGGAUAAAAGCAGUGGGACCAGCAUACAAAUGAUAACAGAGCUGGUGAAUGACUCUAAUGUUCAGUUCCUGGACCAAGACGACGACGACGACCCCGACACAGAGCUGUACCUCACGCAGCCGUUCGCCUGCGGGACGGCGUUCGCCGUCAGCGUGCUGGACUCCUUAAUGAGCGCAACAUACUUCAAUGAUAAUAUCCUCACCUUGAUCCGGACGCUGGUAACAGGCGGGGCGACGCCGGAGCUGGAGGGGCUGCUGGCGGAGGAGAACGCACUGCGGGGCGGCUACAGCACGCCACAGACCCUGGCGAACAGGGACAGGUGUCGCGUGGCACAGCUGGCCCUGUACGACGGACCCUUCGCUGACCUCGGGGAUGGGGGUUGCUAUGGCGAUCUUUUCUGCAAAGCCCUGAAAACGUACAACAUGCUGUGUUUUGGCAUCUACCGAUUAAGAGACGCACAUCUAAACACCCAAAGCCAAUGUACCAAACGGUACGUCAUAACCAAUCCGCCGUACGCGUUCGAGCUGGUGCCCUCGGACCUGAUCUUCUGCCUGAUGCAGUUCGACCACAACGCCGGCCAGUCGCGCACCAGCCUCUCCCACUCGUCCCACUCGUCCCACGCCUCCAGCAAGAAGAGCUCGUCCGUGCACUCCAUCCCCGCCGCCAACCGCGCCAACCGCGUCAAGAGCCGGGACUCGCGGGACAAACAAAAUGCAACAAGGAUGAAUAGAGUGGGCCAAGAAAAGACAUGGUUUACAGAUGAAGCGGAGAACACCCACCUGCGGACCAUGCACACCAAGCCUGUGAACACCCUCACCGUCAACCAAGUCAGUCAAUACAAAUCCACAAGCAGCCUGAUUCCCCCCAUCAGAGAAGCAGAGGACGAGUGCUGAGCCCCAGACUCCUGCUGGCACCUGGACUCCCCGGAGGAGGAGGAGGAGAAGGAGGAGGAAGGGGGGGUUACACUGUCAGUGUCAGUCUGGCGCUCUGGAUCAUCCCUCCUCAUCUACAAACAUUAAAAUUCCCAAACUGCUUCGUUCAUCCAGCCGUGCUGCGAGCUUAAGCCCACAUGAAGACAAUCACAGUGCGACGUACCGGGAGCAGUGACCAGACUCCAGCGCCGAUUUGCUCCGCCCUGGGGAAUGAGGGUCACUCCAAGCCCAAGAGCAAUGUUUAAAAAAAAGAAAAAGACUACUCCUGCUAAAAGAGGUGAUUAUUAUGAUUUCCGGGUCAAGUUUUGCAGUUGUAAAUUGUAAAAGUUGCCUUUUUAGCUGUCCACGAACAACUAUACCGCGUUCACGUCAUCCAUCCGGCGAGCGAGCAGAGUCUCCUCUGUGCAGGUCGUUCUACAUCCAGCCGCGACCCCGACCACGAUGGCAGCGCCACACACUGACUCUCAGUGAUUCCUCUGCCAUUCGGAGCUAAUUCACAACAUUUGUGACAGUUACGACGGCCGAUGCCUGUACACGGACGGCAUCUGGCUUCAGCCUUAUCUCUUAUCCAUUUAUAUCUGUCUUAUCUCUGCCUUGUUUGUUAUAAAUGUUUUUGAUGUUGCUCGUUUUGGUUGCAAUGUCCAAAAA